CUGCAACUUCGUGAUCUGGGAAAAGAUCGCAAAAACGCGGCGAAAAAGCGCCCGGGUCUGGAAAUAAAGCGAGCCACCUUUAAAAUACGCGUCUUCCCGACAGACCGAGACCCAUCUGGGGAAGCUCCGGCUCCGGUUUCUAUUUUUUCUGAGGCUUCCAUCUGCAUUUGUUUUUUAUGCAGCUGUCGGGACCCGGCAGUCGGUUCCUCACUUUGAAGUGCGCUGCUCAGCCUCCCGGUUCAGUCGGAGCUGGAGUCGCCUACAGGAGAGACCGGAGCGGCAUGGCAGCCUGACGCAGGGAGGAGACAGGGAGGAGGCACUACUGCGAGCUUUUCCCCCUCUCCACAGCAUUUUGCUCUCCGUAAACCGACUCGGACCGUAUGUGGACGCCAGCCUUGUGGAUUAUACGCGCUUUUCUGUGGAUAAAAAUCCCUGGAGUUUAAAAAAAACAUUUGGACGCGAACUCGUGGAUCGAUGAGAGAAGACGGGCAGCCGGAGAGAAGCUCCCCGCUGACAUAAGAGAGUGAGGAGAUUACAGUAGAAGCUCAGAGGAGGAACAACACUCGGCUCUCUGCUGCUGCCUCCAGAGCCAUGAGCCGGCCGCUUAUGGACCAUAUCGCCAGUAGUUUCAGCGAAGAUGCUCCUCGACCCCCGGUGCCUGGGGAGGAGGGCGAGGCGCCCUGCUACCCCGGCAAACUCGCAAUGAUGAAGCCCCUGGAACCCCCCAAAGCCGCGCUGCUCGGCUCUUCGGGCUCCUCGGCCAGGAGGAACGAGGAUGGUCUGGGGGAGCCCGAGGGGAGUGCCUCCCCGGAUUCUCCGCUCUCCCGGUGGACCAAGUCUUUGCACUCCCUGCUCGGGGACCAGGACGGCGCUCUGCUCUUCAGGACGUUCCUGGAGAGGGAGAAAUGUGUCGACACUUUAGACUUCUGGUUCGCCUGCAACGGCUUCAGGCAGAUGGACCUCAAGGAUACCAAAACGCAGAGAGUGGCCAAAGCAAUUUACAAGCGCUACAUCGAGAACAACAGCAUCGUCGCCAAACAGCUGAAACCCGCGACCAAGACCUUCAUCCGGGAUAAUAUCAAGAAGCAGCACAUCGACUCUGCCAUGUUCGACCAGGCGCAGACGGAGAUCCAGAGCAACAUGGAGGAGAACGCCUACCAGAUGUUCCUGACCUCUGACAUUUACCUCGAGUACGUGAGGACUGGAGGAGAAAACCCGAGUCUCGUCAACUCCAACGGCCUGGCCGACCUGAAGGUGGUGUGUGGAUACCUGCCCACGCUCAACGAGGAGGAGGAGUGGAGCUGUGACUUCAAAGCCAAAGCUCUGGUGGGACUGUCGGCCAAGGUGCAGAGGGCCCCGGUGACCCUGAUGGAGAGGGCGUACAGAUCAUACAAGAGAGGAGACUCGCUCAACCCCUGCCAUGUGGGCUCCUUCGCCCCCGUCAGCAGCACCAAUGACAGCGAGGUUUCCAGUGACGCCUUGACUGACGACGCCAUGUCGGUGACUGACAGCAGUGUAGAUGGCAUCCCUCCAUACAAACUGGGCUCCAAGAAGCAGCUACAUAGGGAGAUGCAGCGCAACAUGAGGAUGAACAGCCAAGUCUCUCUGCCUGCGUUCCCUCGGACUCGCCGUCCUCCCAAGGAGAUGGUCCCGAUGGAGCCGGCAGAGUUUGCAGCUCAGCUCAUCUCCCGCCUGGAGAGCCUGAAGAGGGAUCAGGACACCAUCAGCUCUCUGGAGGAGAGGCUGCAGCAGAUUCAGGAGGAGGAGGAAAGAGAGGAUACCGAGAUCAUGGGAAGUGCUCCACAGCUCUCCCCCCACCCCCUGACACUGCUGUCGGGCUCCUCUGAUGAGGACCCCCAGGCCAUCCUGGAUGAACACCUUUCUCGGGUCCUGAAGACCCCCGGCUGCCAGUCCCCCGCUGUGAUCCGGCACUCCCCUCGCUCCAGCUCCCCAGAGCACCGGCCGUUCACCCGUGGAGCUUUUGGAAUCAAGUCGCUGGUGCGGACCGGACCCUCCACUUCCUCUGUCUCCAGUCCUGACCAGGGGGCGUUCACUCUGGCCCUGGAGCCCAACAAAACCCUCGUAAGCAGGCAGAGCACCAAGCACAUCCACCACCACUACAUCCACCAUCACGCCAGUCCCAAGUCCAAGGAGCAGAUAGAAAGGGAGGCGGCGCUCCGGGUGCACGGCGUUUGCUCCAGCGACGGCGACUGUCCGCCCUGCCAGCCUUACCAGCGCAGCCGCAGCCUGGGCAGGGAGAUGUGUGGCUCCAUCUCCACCGACAGCAGCGUGGGGCGUUCCAGCUCUCUGUCGAGGCGAGUGUGUCGAUCAGGAGCAGAGGACGGCGUUGCAGAAAGGUGCGUGGAGGACUGUGGACCCUUGCAGCUGCCCAGCGACACCACAGACCCGGCCCAGAACGUGCUGCAGUGGAUCCUGGAAAGCAAACGGCAGGGAAGGCACAAGUCUCACAGCACCCAGAGCACCAAGAAGUCCUUCGGAGGCUCCUCUGCUCAGACUCAUACGUGGGGCGGCGGUGGAAGCUGCGGCCACCUCCGCAGCCACCAGCCGGCCCAGCCGUUCAUCCAAGACCCGGCCAUGCCUCCCCUGCCUCCUCCCAACACUUUGGCCCAGCUGGAGGAGGCCUGCCGCCGACUGGAGGAGGUCUCCACCAAGACCACCAAGCAAAGGCAUCCGACGUCCAGCCUCCAGCGUGAGAAGACCCACCUAGUGCCUGUCCAGGGUGGGGGGUCCGUCCCUCUGUCGCUGCCCGUCUCCAGCCCCGCCGGCCUCCUCGCGUCCAGCCUCCAAUCAGAAGAGUGUAAGAAGGCUUUAGGAAGUCAUGCGGUGUGCAGUGGGGAGACGGUGGUGACGUACUUCUUCUGCGGUGAGGAGAUUCCUUAUCGGAGGACGAUGAAGAGCCACAGUCUCACUUUGGGCCACUUCAAGGAGCAGCUCCGCAAGAAGGGCAACUACAGGUACUACUUCAAGAAGGCCAGCGACGAGUUCGAGUGCGGCGCCGUGUUCGAGGAGGUGUCGGACGACGGCUCCUUGCUGCCCACCUAUGAGGGCAAGAUCCUGGGCAAAGUGGAGAGGAUGGAGUGACCUGAGUAGCCGCUGAUGUUGGAAUUCCACCCCUGCAGAUGCUUCACACCUUUAGGAGGACUGGUGAUGUCGCGGAAGGAUUACUGAGGUUCGGACUGGACAAGAAGCGAGAUAUUUCUGGACUAUCAAAUGAAGAAAACUGUGUUGCUGGACUGAAACAUCUCCAGAAGAGACUCUGGGUGAAUGACCACUCGUCAAAGAAAGCCGGGUGGUGGGUUUAAUGUGAGACUGAGAGCCCACCCGACCCCACAUUACUAAUAUGUAUAUGCAGAUAUACAUGUACAUUGCAUUGUAUUGUGAUGCUCGUAUUGCUGUGUAAAGAUUUCUAUUGCUAUUUAUUGGAAAAAGUCCCUGUCCCAAAUCUUAUUAUUCUUCCAUGGACAAGCUGCUUGGAGUUGGAGAAACUUCUUCCAUCUUCCACAUCCGUGAUUUCUCCCUUCGGUUCUCGAGCAAGGGGGGUUAGUUUUUCUUUCUUUUUUUUGUUUUUCUUCCGGCCCCUCAUAUUGAACUGUAAACUUCAAAAAUACCUCUUCAAAAACUCCACUCCUCCUGCUGGAGGUUUUAGCGGGACGUCUCUGAUCUCUUUGGCUGGAGAGCCGACUGCUGAAGCUCUGAGAACGGCUCUCCAUCACUUAAGGUUCAAUAAUAUAUUUACUACUGCAGUGCUAUUUGUGGAUGUGUCCCCAUCUGCUCCAAAGGGCCCUUAGUGCGCUAUGAAAAAUGAGCGAAAAUGCUAUUAAUGUUUAAUUCCCUUCUCUGGGACUCUGCCCAGCUAGCCUUGAUCUGUCACGUCUUAGUGCCUUUGUUUCAGUGGCGCAGGCAUCGCACAAAUAGCCUCCAUGUUUAGAGGAAACUGCCCUGAACAGGUCCUUGAGUCCCCAAAAUGUGUUUACACCAAGAUUUACCAACAAAAAGCUCUAUAAUGUGCCCCCAGUGUGCUUACCUGUGUACGUAGGUGUGUGUGUGUGUCUUUGUGUGUGUUUGUGUGUGUGAGAGAGAGCUGCUUUGUGUUGGGUUUGUGUAUUUGAAUCCUGCACUAUGAGCUGCAGAUGAUGAUGAUGAUGGUGAUGAUGAUGAUACACUAUGUUGAUAGUGUUUUAACUGAGUACAGUAGCUGUGCCUACAUGGGUUCUCUCCAUGUUUUUACCCUGUUUUCAGGGUCUUAUUAAUCCCUUGGUUUUUACAAGGGGCCUUAUGUUGAAAAGAUAUUUUUAUGCCUUUUAGUAUCUGUUUCAUCACGUUUAUGUUUUAUGAUAUUUUUCAUGGCUUCCUCGGCUCCACUUGUAAACUGUAAAUUAUGCGUUCUAUAGAGCUCAGUUGAAAAGAUGCCUUGGUACUUUAAUUAUUGUAAUUAUGAAGAGAUGUAGCCUUUAUUAAAAUGUUCUAUUUUUCAAAUUA